GCUCUCAGUGUGUGUGUGUGUGUGUGUGUGUGUGUGAGAGAGAGAGAGAGAGAGAGAGAGAGAGAUGGGGGAGGGAUCGAGGCUUCUCUUCAAGGACUUUCCUCUCAUACUAACGUCAGUUGUAGGACCGACUUCAAAAUGCACAAACCCUGUAAGUAGUCAGAUUUGUGCACCUUUCAGACAUGAAAUUUAAAACUUUCUAUUUCGUAAGUUUAAAGAUUACGUUAAACAUUUAUAUGCCCCUGUCAAAAGUGGGGAAUAACUAGCCUAGAACUGUCAAAGACGACACCGCUUUAUUUUGCAUUUGGUUGCAUUUUUGUUUGCUUACGCACGGUUUAUAGUUGACCUCUCUGGCUGAGACAUUUAGUACUCAGCAUGCCUGAAGAAGACGUGUGCUCCACCUAGGAAAAAGCAGCACGCGCUGUGGAGAAGUUCCCGUGCAUCCAGACGUGGCUAUAUCAUGGAGGAAACCCUUAAAGAACAAUACAUUUGGGCUCUCAACGAGUCAUGGAGAAAUUACAGCUUCGGUAACGACUCGGAUGCUGCCAAUCAAACGGUGAAUCCCCUGAAGCGCAAUGAGGAGGUUGCCAAAGUGGAGGUCACGGUUCUAGCCCUGGUCUUGUUCUUCGCCCUAGCGGGGAACCUGUGCGUUCUGCUCGCUAUCCACACGGCCAAGCACGGCCAGUCGCGCAUGUACUACUUCAUGAAGCACCUGAGCAUCGCAGACCUGGUGGUGGCAAUCUUCCAGGUGUUGCCCCAGCUCAUCUGGGACAUCACAUUCCGCUUUUAUGGGCCCGAUUUGCUGUGCAGGCUUGUGAAGUAUCUCCAAAUAGUCGGUAUGUUCGCCUCCACCUACAUGCUCGUGCUAAUGUCCAUAGAUAGGUGUCUGGCUAUCUGCCAGCCGCUGCGCUCCUUGCACAAACGGAAAGACCGCUGCUACGUGGUGUUGUCCUGGGUGCUCAGCUUGCUCUUCAGCAUCCCGCAGGUGUACAUCUUCUCUCUACGGGAGGUCGGAUCUGGAGUGUACGACUGCUGGGGAGAUUUUGUGCAGCCUUGGGGCGCCAAAGCCUAUAUCACUUGGAUCAGCCUUACAGUCUAUAUCAUUCCUGUGGCUAUCUUGAGCAUUUGCUAUGGUCUCAUAAGCUUUAAGAUCUGGCAGAACUUUAAGUUGAAGACCAGGCGCGAGCAGCAGGUCGUCACUCUGAGUCCCACUGCUGCGCGAAACGGUGCGCUUUUGGCGCGCGUAAGCAGCGUUAGACUCAUCUCCAAGGCCAAGAUCACCACAGUCAAAAUGACGUUCGUCAUCGUGCUGGCUUACAUCGUGUGCUGGACUCCGUUUUUCUUCGUACAGAUGUGGUCGGCGUGGGAUCCAGCUGCGCCCCGUGAGGCCAUGCCCUUCAUCAUCUCCAUGCUGUUGGCCAGUUUGAACAGCUGUUGUAACCCCUGGAUCUACAUGUGUUUUGCUGGACACCUGUUCCAUGACCUGAAGCAGAACUUUCUGUGCUGUCCGGCAUACUACCUGAAGUCCUCUCAGUGCCGCUGUGAUCUGGAGCACAACUCCAGCCGCAAGAGCAACUCCUCCAUUUACGUCAUGAAGAGCACCAGCAGCCAGAGAAGCAUUACCCAGACAUCGUCCACAUAAACACUGACGCUUAUCACACAUGAGGACUGGGUGUAGACCCAUACAGAUUGAAACAGUGAUGUGCGCAGAUGGUUGUAAACACACUGAGAGGAACCUAAUGAAACUCACUAUCAGAACACUGUUGGAAGCUUUGCCUCUAUUGCUGUGAUUACUUCCUGGACAAAAAAAUAAAAACAGACCACCACCAGAAUGAGAUGAGGGUGACUGUAAUGUCAUAGCAGAUGGCAUGCUACCAUAAAUGUGGCCAAGAAAAUGUCUGGCUCCAGAUUAAAAUCUGUUUGCAUUUGGCUUCCAGUAGAGAGAAGCCUUUUUGAAAACCUAUGGCUUGUUUUGUUUUGUUUUUAUUCUCACCUAAAUAUGCUAUUCAGUCAGUAUUCAACAUUUCAUUCAUUCUCAAGAAAAGAAAGAAGAUAUUUCAUAGCUUACUUUUCUUGUUAUUUAAAGUCAUAGCUUGUGAAAACUGCAUGUAUAUUGUGGAAUUACUAACAAAUAAGUUCAAGUCAAUAAUGAGGAUUAGCCUCUGUGUCUCAGUAUCAACUUGACAACAUUAAUGAUUAGAAAUUCACAGGUUUUUCUAAUUAUCUUCAGCAAAAAUAGUUCUGUUUUUUGCUUUUUUCAAUGAUCACUGAUAAUAAAACCCAUUAAGAACUCAGCAUUACUAUCCCUUUUCUUGAUCAUGACCUUGGUUGUAUUCAGUAAGAGAUUCUUGAUCAGUUAUAUUACUAGGUUUUUGGUGUGUUUGUUUUACAGCCACAUACUUUGUCACAUUCAUUUGCAGAGCACAUUUAAUUAUACACUUUUGUCAUGUCAAAUCCAGACACCUUUGCUUUAUGGGAGUAAAGAUCUGUAUGUUUCUCCAACAACACAUGCAUCUCUUCAUCAAAAUCAUUUUUUCUCACAUGCUGUAUGCUGUUACAAUGUCCUAAUGUCUCAUUUAAAAAAAAAAAAAAAAAUCCAGCAGUAAAGUGAUUGUUCAAUGAUUAUACUUCCUUCAGUGUUUAAUUCUAUUCUAUACAGACAGGUUUUCUUCUCAGUCAAAAUGCUACUGAAUUUUACUUCUGAAAAUCAUUCAUAUUUACUAUAAAUAUAAGUCAGAAUAUGGAGUAAUUUAUUGAAAAUAAAGUGUAUGUGCUAAUAACUGUGACUGUGACUGAGUGUUUUAAUUUAAAUCUGUUUGAGCAAAAGAAAUGAGCUUAGUAAAAUGUUCUUGCCUUGUUUCCUCCAUAAAGGAGAAACAUAUUUAGCUUUUGUUGCGUUGACCUCCUUUAAAGCAGGAUGUUCAGAUAUCAGAGGGGGUUUUUUAGCAUGCCACUUUGUCAAGACAUCACUGAACUCAGCACUAGUCUGCAUUUGUACUUAUUGUACUGGUGCGUACGCUGGCUGGUGAGUAUAGAGAGCAGUGUGUAAAUUUGGUUUGGGUGAACAAUAGCACAAUGAAGUGAGGCUCCUAAGAGCAGCUUGCUUAUCUGAAAAUCAGUAGGGAAAAAGCUGAACCCACUCACCUCUUUUCAGGCAUGGAUCAUUUCCACAGACUUUUAUCUACAUUUCUCACUUUGUGUUUAGAUAAUAAUCUCAUUGUAUUACAAAUAAAACAUUUUUACAGCAUGAACAUACAAACAAUAGAUUUUGUUUUUUACUUGGAAGGAAAUUAAAUCACAAUAGAUCAUCUUUGGCACAAUAAAUAAUGAAUUUUGCAAUUAAUUCAAUUAUAUCCAGUGCUCAGGAAUCUCUCAGCAUUCAAAGACUAUUAUUGUUCAGUAUAAAAUAGUUGAAUUAGAAAUGUAUUAACAUUAUGACAUUCAGAAAAAUAUCUGUUUAUCUUUCGUAACACAAAUCACACAAGUCUUGUUUUCAUUUUUCAUUUGAAAACCAAAAAAGAAAUGUUCUA